ACAUAGGAGCCAAUAAAAAGGCUCCCGCUGCUUUGUAUAUUCUAACCGUCCACGCCGCCACAGCUCCGUGAACCAGACCGUAAAGUGUGUGUGCUGAUUUCCUCUCGCAAAACGGAAUAAAAUACCACAACAUGAAUUUUGACUAUGAAAUAUGCGCAGUUGAGAAGCAUCGCCAAGGAGCUCGGGCUGAAAGCCAACGAGAAGGCCGAGAAACUCCUGAAAGCGAUCAAGCAGCAUUAUCAACAAGAACAGGACAAAGAGGAGGAAGGGCAGGUACAAGAGAAGGAUGUUGCUGCUGCUAAAGAAGAUGAGACUGACCGUGGUGAUGAACAUGAAGACGCAUCUCGUGAGGAAGAGGUUCCCAGCUCCGCUGUGUUUGCUAACACACGUCGGAGUAACAGAACCAGUACCAAGAGAAAGCUCCCUGGUGCUGUAACAGCGACUCAGUGUGAUGCUGCAGAGGGUGACGCUGCACGCCCCGGGGCUCGGGGUGCUAAGAAGAGAAAAGUGUCCUCUGACAAGGAUUCUGGCAAAAGUGAGAUUGAGCCUCCUCAGGAGCUCCAGGCCUCUGACAGGGAGCAGCAGCAGCAGCAGCAGCAGGAGCAGCAGGAGCAGCAGGAGCAGCAGCAGAAGGAGCAGCAGCAGAAGGAGCAGCAGCAGCAGCAGCAGCAGGAGCAGCAGGGUGAUGUACCUGUGCAUGCUGACACAGAAGAAGCACCUAAAAUCCCUCGACUCCAGGUGAAGAGCAAGCAGAAGUUGAAGCAUGUCACUCCUAACUUCAAAAGACUCCACGAGGCACAUUUUAACAGGAUGGAGUCGAUCGACUCGUACGUCCAGCGGAAGACCAAACAGAUGGAGACUUUCAGAAGUUCAGUCAAAGAGCUGAAGAAUCUUUCGGACAAAACGAAACGGCAGCAGGUUGAUGGCAGAGCGCGAGUGAAGGCAAACCAGAGUCGAGCGUCCGUGUUCAGCCCCGUCCCGCUGAACAAGAGAGCCGCUGAGGACACACGCAGCAACACUUUGCCCUCAGCCAGUAAAGCUCCAAAUAAACCUGCCGGGAAGGAAGAGGCUCCGUUCAGACCGUCGGUCCUUUCCACGCGCAGGAUCAACGUUCGGUUCUCAGAAGCCACUAACAAUGAGAACAAGCGGUCUUUGGUGAAGACGCCGGCGCGCAGGUCUUCCUGUGUGAGCUCGAGCACGCCACAGAGACCGACCGCUGAUGGCGCAAAACCCAAAAAUGUUUUCUCUGCUACAAAGAGUCCAGGAGCAUUUCUUUUCACCGGCAACACAAGUACUUUCACAACCAAAAGAACACAAAAGAAGGCCGGCUUCGACCUGAAGGCCAGUCUGUCUCGUGCCCUCACCUACAAGCCUCAUGCCGGCAAACUGAAGCCGCUCUCAGGCGCCAAAGAAAACACUGAAGAAAAGUCGCUGAUCUCAAACGCUCAUCAGAAGGGUUACAAGCAGCACCAGGUGCAGACCAGGGGCGACAGGCGAGUGAAACACGUGGAAGAGCGGAAGCAGAAGAAGCAGAGCACGCUGGGGGCCAGACGAGGCUUGUUGCAGACGUGUGCCGCCUGCUCGUCGGUGUAAAUAUUUAGUUUGUACUGUUUUUACUGUUUUUACUGUUUUUACUAUUUGAUAAAGACAUCGAUACUAAAUAUU